CCAUGAAUUUCCCCCCUUCAGCCAUGAAUCUCCCCUUCUCAGCUCCAUUCCUGAGUCUCCUCACUGGUUGCUCCUGAAGAAGAGGCUGGACACUCUGGAGGAGUACAGGAGACACAGUCCUGAGGACAAACGUUGUCUAGACCUGCUGUUGGAGACAGAGGGGAAGGACCUGCAACAAGUCCCCCUGGACACAGACACACUGGAGACUGGCACACACAUACCAAAGGCAGACACGCAAACCCAGGAGGGAAACACACUUUCCCACUGCGGACACAUGAGAAGUCCCACCAUUCUACUGCGUCUGGUCACCAUGAGUUACAUUGGGCUAACGUCAGCCCUGACGUACUACGGUAUCUGUCUGAAUGUCGGGCGUUUCGGGGUGGAUGUCUUCCUGUCUCAGUUCUUCAGCGGCCUAUCAGAGGCACCCUGCUUGCUCGUCCCAUUCCUAUUGGCCCGCUGUGGCAGACGCCCAAUCAGCAUGCUGUCCCUGCUCCUCAGUGGCUCUUUCUGCCUGCUGUCCCUGCUCGCAUCACGCUUCUACGCUGUCCCAGGGUUGGUGAUGGCUCUGGCCCUGGUGGGGAAGCUGUGUAUGCAGACCAGUGUGUUUGUGUGUAUACUCUACGGCAUCGAGCUCUUCCCUACGCUCAUCAGAGUGGGGUGUAUCCUCAAUGCGUGCAAGCCCCAUUGCGGAGCGGGACUGUGUCUGUUGCUACCGGAGACCAGCGGUGUGCCGCUCCCUGAUUCGCUGGAGGACUGUGACAGACAACCCAGGCUUCACCUCCCAUUAGCCUGGUCAUCAUGCUUCACAAGGCGCUCAGUGGACACCCCAGCUGACAAGGCCUGUCCGUUCCUGGGAGACACAGACCCGAGAAACCCUCCCACCACCCACAGGAACCCAACUCAAAUUAAAACACUCUGCACACACACACACACGCUGUUGAUACAUGUAUUUAAAAGGUCCAUGGAGCACUGAGAUACUAGCCGAACAGUUUCCAAU